AUGUGCCACGGUGAAACUCAAUGGACUGAUACAUUGCCAGUAGUAUUACUCGGAUUGAGAACUUGUCUCAAAGAGGAUCUAGGCGCUUCUGUAACGGAAUUAGUGUACGGUACUACGCUCAAAGUACCGUUGCGGCCUAGACUAACCUCUCAUCACAUUAGACCUAAGCUAUUUUUCCAUAAAGACUUGUAUAACUGCUCUCACGUCUUCUUCAAAGUAGAAGGCAACAGACGUUCUCUGGAUCAACCAUAUACCGGACCGCAUAAAGUAUUAGAGCGCAUUUCGGACAAAGUCUUUGCUAUAGAAGUCGAAUCAAUCGGCAAAUGCAUCAAUGCCACUGUCGAUAGACUUAAGCCCGCUUACAUACUAAUCCAAGACUCAGAAACUACUCCGUCCAUUGCGUCUCCGUCUUCAACUAACAUUCCAGUGCAAAGUGAACCAAAGACAUAUCCUAGUCCAACAACCAAGCGAAAGACUGUUUUAAGAAUUAAUUCGCGCAAUGUUACGUUAAGCAAACGACCAAUAACGAUAUUGUAA